AUGAUGCAUGGAACCGAUCCAGCUGCUGCCUCCACCAGCAGCCAAAUUCAUCAGGAACUCAGGCAGAAGAUUAAUGCUCUGCUGCAACAAAUCCACGUAGCUGAGGAAAAAUUAAGUAUGUGUGAGCCAGAUCCUAUGAAGAUGACAUCAAUGGAAGAGGUAGAAGCAUGUGAGAAACAACUUGAGAGCCUCUUACAUUCCGUCCUUCAGAGAAAGGUUGCUGGUAUCUCUGAUGUCGCAAUUGCGAGCACCAACCUCGCAAUUAUUGCGAAGUGUAUAGGUGAGGUUCCAAAGAGAAGACAAGAGAAAGAGGAGAGUGAAGCGGUUUUGUUGGCUUAUGACAAUGCUCUUAAUCAACCACAAUUUUUCGACUCAUCUGUCAUCUGUGGAACUUCUGAGAGGAAUAACCUUUCGACAGUAGUGGUUCCACCACAUUCACAAGGAAGCAGCUCUAGUCUGAAUGUAGAAAGCUCUGAAAAAAUGCCAUGGCAAUACCACUUUGGAUAA